GGCGGUGUCCAGUUACUGUCGCGGGGGCUAUAGUUAGCCUCGGGUAUUUUGUUUAUCAGCGGACUCCAGGGACAGUGCUGCCCUGCCACCAGAGCGCCAUCUCGCUCCGUUUCCGCGACCUCUGGGUGGGCCUCGGCCCCCUCCCACUUUCCUCUGCAUUGGCCAAAACCGUAUGAGGACCACAGCCGCUCAGCAUGGGGCGUCCAGGAGUAGGAGCUGAGACCCUCCGUGGUGCUGCGGGACUGUGAAGGCCAGGGCCCGCCCACACCCGGGCCCGCCCUUGCUUCCCCCAGUUCGUGACCUGAAACCCCCUCACGCCGCCACCGAAGAAGGGGUCCAGGUCUCCACCCUUCAGCCCAUCGAAGCCUGGAUUCAGCCUCUGCCAGUCCCAACCAGACCUCGUCCUCCUGAGUCUGCCCCAGGAGAGAUGUGGGUGGCUCUGUUGAUGGCCCUCAGCUGCAUCGGCCUCCAACCCCUACGGCAGGUCCAGGCUGUCCCCGUCCUGUCCCUGGGCUUGGCCCCAGACACUUUUGAUGAUGCCUAUGCGGGCUGCUCGGAGGAGAUGGAGGAGCAGGCAGCCUCCCUGCUUCAGGAGGAGAUGGCCUCCCACGCUCUGCUGCGGAAGGCCUGGGGGGCAGCCCAGGCGGCCUGGGAAGUCAGGCGCCCAGGGCUCGCCUUGCCGCCGGGUUUCCAGGCCCAGCACGCGGUGGCGAUCAUGGUCUACACCAACUCCUCCAACACCCUGUACUCGGAGCUGAAUCAGGCUGUGCGAACCGGUGGUGGCUCUCGGGAACUCUACAUGAGGCACUUCCCCUUCAAGGCGCUGCAUUUCUACCUGACCCGGGCCCUGCAGCUGCUGCGGGCCAACAGUGGCUGUGACCGGGAAGCUGGCGAGGUGGUAUUCCGAGGUGUGGGCAGCCUGCGUUUUGAACCCAAGAGGCUUGGGGACUCCGUCCGCUUUGGCCAGUUUGCCUCCAGUUCCCUGGAUGAGGCAGUGGCCCGAAAAUUUAGUAAUGCCACCCUCUUCUCUCUAAGGACUUGCUAUGGGGCUCCUAUCCAGGCCCUGUCUGUCUUUCCUGAAGAGCGCGAGGUGCUGAUUCCUCCCCACGAAGUCUUCAUGGUCACCAGGUUCUUCCGGGAUGGAGCCCGGAACCUAGUGACUCUCAGGAGCUAUAAUCAGACCUGCAACCACUUUAACUGUGCCUACCUGGGUGGGCAGAAGAGGCGGAACUGUGUAUUGGCACCAAAAGGGGAGCAGCCAGACACCCCUCUUGAGGAGGCCUUCUCUCGGCUGUCUCAGAAGACCAUGCUUUUGGCCCCCGGGGAGUUCCUAGGAGCUGAAAGCCCAUCGCCUGCCCUUUAGGAGCCCUGGGAAUCGGUGGCUCUCAUACGGAGAAGAGGGCCUUCAAAGAGCUUCGAAGUAAGAACAUGGUUCCUGAGCUAGUCCUAGCAGCCAUCUCCCCAGGCUCGGCACCCACGUGGGAGGACCCGAGGCCAGACAAGGUGGAGGGAACCUCACUUUGAGCAGGGAACUUCCGGGGACAACAAGGGCAGUGCUAU